AUCAAAGAAAGAAAAAAACACAAAACACAGCUUUUGUAACUAUGGAGGGUGCACUAACAAACUCUUCCUCGUCGACGUCGCCAAAGGGCCGCGGAGUUAAUUUCUCGGCCCCUAGAAACUUUGGUGUAAAACUAAGAAAAAAAUGUAAAGAAACCUUCUUUCCCGACGAUCCAUUCAAACCGAUUGGGCAAGAGCCAAACGGUUUGAUGAAAACAAAAAAGUUGUUGGAGUAUUUUAUUCCAGUCUUUGAGUGGCUCCCAAAGUACGAUUUGCAAAAACUAAAGUACGAUGUGCUGGCCGGGAUCACCAUCACCAGUCUUGCCGUUCCUCAGGGAAUAAGUUAUGCUAAGCUCGCCAGUAUUCCUCCCAUCAUAGGCCUAUAUUCAAGCUUUGUGCCGCCAUUUGUGUACGCGGUGUUUGGAAGUUCAAACAAUCUAGCGGUGGGAACAGUUGCAGCAUGCUCUUUGCUGAUCGCUGAGACAUUCGGUGAGGAGAUGUCCAAAAAUGAUCCAGAGCUCUACCUUCAUUUGAUCUUCACCGCCACUCUCGUCACCGGUAUAUUCCAAUUUGCUAUGGGAUUCCUAAGGUUGGGGAUAUUGGUGGAUUUCUUGUCACAUUCGACCAUAACGGGCUUCAUGGGCGGUACCGCGAUCAUCAUUCUCCUCCAACAACUUAAGGGCGUCUUUGGUUUAGCCCAUUUUACGCACAAAACCGACGUCGUGUCAGUUAUCCACUCAAUCGUAGUCAACCGCGCUGAGUGGAAGUGGCAAAGUACGUUGGCUGGGGUCUGCUUUCUUGUAUUCCUACAAUCCACUCGACACAUUAAGCAGAGGUACCCAAAGCUGUUUUGGGUAUCAGCAAUGGGUCCAAUGGUGGUCGUCAUUGUGGGUUGUGUAGUUGCUUUUCUGGUAAAAGGAACAGCACACGGGAUCCAAACUGUUGGGCCUUUAAAGAAAGGACUAAACCCUCCUUCUAUUCAACAUUUGAACUUUGAAUCCAAGUAUCUAGGGAUGGUUUUAAAGGCCGGGAUCGUCACUGGCCUCAUCGCUCUGGCCGAAGGGAUAGCAAUCGGAAGAAGCUUUGCUGUAAUGAAGAACGAACAAACGGACGGGAACAAAGAGAUGAUAGCAUUUGGUCUUAUGAACGUAGUUGGCUCCUUUACUUCUUGCUAUCUGACAACAGGGCCAUUUUCAAAGACGGCAGUGAACUACAACGCGGGGACAAAGACACCAAUGUCUAAUGUAGUGAUGGGCAUUUGCAUGAUGCUUGUGCUUCUCUUCCUAGCGCCUCUAUUCAGUUACACACCACUGGUUGGUCUCUCAGCCAUCAUUAUGUCAGCCAUGUUGGGACUCAUCAACUACGAGGAGAUGUACCAUCUCUACAAGGUUGACAAGUUUGAUUUCGUCGUCUGCAUGUCGGCUUUUUUCGGUGUUUCCUUCAUUAGCAUGGACUACGGUCUCAUCAUCUCCGUUGGGUUUUCUAUCCUUAGAGCGUUGUUGUACGUUGCAAGGCCGUCGACUUGUAAAUUAGGAAGAAUACCGAACUCGGUUAUGUUUCGAGACAUAGAACAGUACCCAACCUCCGAGGAGAUGCUUGGUUGUGUCAUUCUUCAAUUGGGUUCUCCUAUCUUUUUUGCUAACAGCACUUACGUCCGCGAACGGAUCUUGAGGUGGAUUCGUGAUGAACCUGAAGUCGUCGAGUUUCUUCUCCUUGAUCUCUCUGGAGUUUCAACGAUCGACGUGACAGGGAUGGAAACACUACUUGAAGUUCAAAGAAUCCUUGGAGCAAAAGACAUCAAGAUGGUGCUAAUAAACCCAAGAUUUGAAGUCUUAGAAAAGAUGAUGCUAUCGCAUUUUGUGGAGAAGAUAGGAAAGGAGUAUGUGUUCUUAUCCAUUGACGAUGCAGUCCAAGCAUGCCGAUUUAAUCUUUCAAAGGCCAAACCUGAACCGUGACGUCCCUAGUGGAAUCUUAUAAAGCUUCGAAAAAAAUGGUUUUUGAUUAGACCCACUAUGAUUUUGCUUCAUGGCUAUGACAAUUGUAACUUAGAGAGAUGGGAGAAAGAAAGAAAUGUGUAAUGGAAAUUUCAGUCUUACUGAAUUAAUAAACAAAAGACCACUGUGCAAAGUUUUUCCUUA